CUAAAAUAAGUUUUGAUAAAUCCUAAUAAGUUUAGAUAAGUUCAGAUAAGGUAAGUUUCAGGGAAAACAAGUGACAAUCAGUUGAACAGAACACAUUCUGAUUAUUACAAUGAUUAAUUAAUCAUUAAGCUAAUCAUACUAGUAACUGUAAACUUUAAAUUAAGACAUACUAAUCAAAAUAACUUGCCAGUUACCAAACAUGCAGAUCCACCAAAUAUCAGUAUAGUACUUUGCUUCAUCUUAACUCAAUAAUAAUACAGUUGCUCAAUAGUCUUCAUCACAUAACCAAUACCCUCCUCAAUCUCACUUCAUAUAUAUUCCUCUUCCUUAGCAUGUAUUUGCAACACCAACAUAAGCUUAAUUCAUCUUCUUAAUUGCAUUCAUCCUAAAAUUAAACACCAUGAGAUCUAAACCUCAAGGCCCUCAUAAUGUUAAGCUCCUCUUAUUAGGAGUUACCCUAGCUUUUCUCCUCCUCUUUAUCUUAAGAUCAAACUUAUCAUCAUCAUCUUCUUCUUCUGACCAAAUUAUUAGUAAGAAAGAUUCAGAUUCAUGUUCAUCAACCUGCACAAAAAUCCCAUCUUCUUUAUCACAUGCACUUAUUCACUACACAACCUCAAACAUAACCCCACAACAAACACUCAAAGAAAUCUCAGUUUCUGCCAAAAUCCUACAACAGAAAUCCCCUUGUAACUUCCUAGUCUUCGGCCUUGGCCACGACAGUCUAAUGUGGAGCGCGCUAAACUAUGGAGGCAGAACCGUUUUCUUAGAAGAAGACGAAUCAUGGAUUCAGCAAAUCAAACGAAGAUUCCCAAUGUUAGAUUCUUACCAUGUUGUGUAUGAUAGUAAAGUUAAUGAAGCUGAAAACAUGAUGGAAAUGGCAAAAGGUGAAGAGUGUAGUUCAGUAGGGGAUGUUAGGCAUUCAAUGUGUCAACUUGCAUUGAAAAGUUUACCAAAAGAAGUUUAUGAAACAAAGUGGGAUGUGAUAAUGGUGGAUGCACCAACUGGGUAUCAUGAUGAAGCACCUGGUAGAAUGACUGCAAUUUAUACUGCAGGGAUGAUUGCUAGGAAUAAGGAAGAUGGAGAAACAGAUGUGUUUGUUCAUGAUGUUAAUAGAAAUGUUGAAGAUAAGUUUUCUAAGGCAUUUUUGUGUGAUGGGUAUAUGAUGAAGCAAGAAGGGAGGUUGAGGCAUUUCAAUAUACCAAGUCAUAGGGAUGGAUCACACAUGCCAUUUUGCCCUAAUUAAUUAGUUUCAUUUUUUUUUUGAAAGAUUUAUGAUGAGUUUCUGAAUUUUCACAAUAUUUUUCGAUUUCAUAAAUUUCAUAAAAGGUUUAUUAA